AUGGAUUUACUAUCAGAAUUUGACUGUAUGAAGUAUUCAGCCUUGACCUCUCCACUAGAUCCCACAGUCAAACUAAGUGUAGAAGAGGGGCCUUUGUUGCCUGAUCCUUCACACUUCAGAAAACUAGUGGGAAAAUUGAAUUACCUGACUAACACAAGACAUGAUAUGUCCUAUAGUGUGCAAUGUUUGAGUCAGUAUAUGCAAAGUCCUAGGGAGCCACACUUGAAGGCUGCAUAUCAUGUGCUGAGAUAUCUCAAAGGUGAUCCCAAUCUAGGGAUCUUUUUAUCUAACAACAAAGAUUAUAGAGUUCGAGCCUUUUGUGAUUCAGAUUGGGCAGCUUGCCCUGACUCAAGAAAAUCAGUUAGUGGCUAUGUUGUAUUGCUGGGUGAUGGACCUAUUAGUUGGAAAUCAAAGAAGCAACACACUAUCUCAUUGUCCUCAGCAGAAGCAGAAUAUAGAGCUGCCAGACAAGUUGUGGGAGAAUGUCAAGCAGCACCGCAUAUAGCCAAAAAUCCUGUGUUCCAUGAGCGCACAAAGCAUAUAGAAGUGGACUGCCAUUUUGUUAGAGAUCAAGUACACGAGGGGCUCAUCACACUGCACCACAUUUCCACGAAUGAAUAG